AUGACUCUUACAACCAUCAAUAUCGAGGAAGUGAAGACCUCUGCAGAUGCCGCACUUGAGGCACUACAACAAGAAUUGCGGGAAUUGAACCAUCAAAUCUGGUCAAACCCAGAGCUUGCUUACGAGGAGCACCGCGCCCAUGAUACGAUUUGUGACUUCCUCGAAGGACAAGGCUUCACCGUUACUCGCCACGCUUAUGGGCUUGAAACCUCUUUUGAGGUUUUGAGUGGAACCGGUGGGCGAUUGGUCAAUUUCAACGCAGAAUAUGACGCACUACCUGGAAUCGGCCAUGCCUGUGGUCACAAUCUCAUAGCGACAAGCAGUAUCGCUGCGUUUCUUGCGCUUCAUCCUGGACCCAAAAAGAUUUAUCCCGACCAAGAGCCAUCCGAUGGCAUAGCUGGAACGCCUAUGAACGCGCGGAAGAAUAUUCAUUGCGAAUACACGGGUAAAAAUGCUCACGCCGGUGGAAACCCAUGGGAAGGGAUCAACGCGCUUGAUGCUCUGGUCUCGUCUUACAACAACGUUGCCGUUCUUCGACAGCAGCUUCUUCCGGAUCAACGUGUUCAUUGUGCUUUCUUGGAUACUCCCAAGGUAGCUAACGUGAUACCGGAUUACACGAAAGCUUUCUGGCAGGUGCGCAGCCCUACUUUGAAGGGGCUGAAUGCCCUUGUUGGUAAAUUGCGCAAUUGCAUUGAGGCUGGUGCGUUGGCCACUGGAUGUCAAGUCAAGAUUGAGGAGAAUGAACUCUAUACCGAUGUCCGAUUGAAUGACACUCUCUGUGAACGCUACCAGGUCCACAUGGGGCGCUAUAGUCGCAAUGUUCUUAAGCGCCAUGACAAAGUCCUAACAGGAUCCUCAGAUAUUGGAAAUGUUAGCUACGAGACCCCCACGCUUCAUACAAUGUUUGCGAUUCCCGCCCCUACAACUUCAUUUCCACAUCACCCAACGUUUGCAGCGGCAGCUGGAACAGAUGAAGCGCAUGCUGAGGCAUUAAUCGUUGGGAAGUCUUUGGCAUUGAUCGGUUGGGAUAUGAUUGUGGAGAACGAUAUGUAUGAUUUGGCGCGGCGUCAAUGGAAAGAUGAGAUUGUGCGGGAGGAGUAG